UCCUUCUGUCCAUAGGCGGAUGUCAGGAUGUGAGUGCUCCCUGGCUAUGCAAGACUCAUUUCAUUACCUUUGUCCUCCUUGAGGCACUUUUGAAGGCUGUUAUGGUUACAGCAUUGCUCGAGUUAUUUGUGCCUCGGUUUACCUUCUUCCUGAGGAGCCACACCCGUGGCUAGUGCUUCAGGAAGUUACGAGAUGCUGACAUCCUGUUCGUCACCACUGCCCCUAAUGAAUAUUUUGCAUACCUUUCCAGAAAAAAUGUGCUCUUUCUAACUAAAAAAUGUAUAAAAGUGGCCAAACUAAACAAAUAACACCAAAAAGAAUGCAAACAUUCCCCAAGACGGCCUCCCUCUGAUAGGAGACGCCCUGCCCCUCCCUGUUCAGUCUUAGAAGAUUGUGUCUCCAGGGGCCUUGGUCACAAGCAGACCGGACGCAGGGUGGCCUUGGCCAGGCUUCCGUCCACAGAGGAGAAUCCAGGCCUUGGUUUGUCUCCAGCUGGGCCUUCCCUGUGGCUGCCACUUAUUGACUUAAGUCUGAGUGAUUCAGAUGUAUGUCAUCGGGAGCACCUCAGGUCACCGGUGGGAGGGAGAGUGACCUCCUUCUCCCGUGUGGGGCUCCAGCAGGGCCUGGCCCAGGUCGAAGCCCCUUGGUUCCUGAUGUGACUUCCGCCCUUGGCGGGGUGCCCCGAGCCAUGGCUGACACCAUCUUUGGCAGCGGGAAUGAUCAGUGGGUUUGCCCCAAUGAUCGGCAGCUGGCCCUGCGAGCCAAGCUGCAGACGGGCUGGUCCGUGCACACCUACCAGACGGAGAAGCAGAGGAGGAGCCAGUGCCUGAGCCCGGCGGAGGUGGAGGCCAUCCUGCAGGUCAUCCAGAGGGCGGAGCGGCUGGACGUCUUGGAGCAGCAGAGGAUCGGGCGGCUGGUGGAGCGGCUGGAGACCAUGAGGCGGAACGUGAUGGGGAACGGCCUCUCCCAGUGUCUGCUCUGCGGGGAGGUGCUGGGCUUCCUGGGCAGCUCGUCAGUGUUCUGCAAAGACUGCCGGAAGAAAGUCUGCACCAAGUGUGGGAUCGAGGCCUGCCCUGGCCAGAAGCGGCCCCUGUGGCUGUGUAAGAUCUGCAGCGAGCAGAGAGAGGUCUGGAAGAGGUCGGGGGCCUGGUUCUACAAAGGGCUCCCCAAGUAUAUCUUGCCCCUGAAGACCCCCGGCCGGGCUGAGGACCCCCACUUCCGCCCCCUGCCCGUGGAGCCAGCAGAGCAAGAGCCCAGAAGCACUGAGACCAGCCGCGUCUACACGUGGGCUCGAGGGAGAGUGGUUUCCAGUGACAGUGACAGCGACUCGGAUCUCAGCUCCUGCAGCCUGGAGGACAGACUCCCUCCCACUGGCGUCAGGGACCAGAAAGGUGACAGACCCUCGGGGGAGUCAGGCAGCAGUGUGGAGGUCGCAAGGAUGGGGCUCAUCCGCCCGCCCAGCCACCUCUCGGGGAGCCAGAGCAGCCUGGCCAGCGAGACUGGGACGGGCUCCACAGACCCACAGGGGGGCACCCCGCCCCGAGCCGACCCCAAGGGCCCCGGCAGAAGACACACCCGGACGAGCCCCCGCUGCUGACGUGGCUCCAGCAGGCCCCCACCCCGCCCUGCGCUGAGCCGUGUUCGGUGCCUGGAACAGACUUUUCAGUGGAAGCUUUCACGAAAGCUGGAGCCAGACCCUGAGCGGUCCUGCGCCCUGGCCAGCCUCCCUGCUGGCUGGGACUCCACUAACCAGUGUUGGGGCCGAGCCUGCCCCGCCCAGUGCCUUUGUGUGCCUUGCUCUCACACAGCUGCCGCCCACUGCCACCCCUCCAACCACGCACUCGGCCCCGCCUUAUUUAUUGCCCUCCCCCCACCCCAGCCUGCCCUGGGGUUCUCCCAAGCUUGCUUGUGUCCUGGGUUGGCUGGAUGUGGGGCCUUCCCUCCUGCACUGCAAUUUCAGAGGGGCUGCCAGGCAGGCCUUUCUUUGUAUUUGUAUUAAGCGAGAAGAAACACAUCCCAGAGCAGUACCGUCAAGGUCAAGGCCGAGUCUGGCCCCUCACAGCCCGAAUGGAGGGAGCAGAGCAGGUGGAGUGAGAGACCCACCCACCCUCCUCCUUUCUGUCCCUCUCCCGGGCUCAGGCGCUGAGAGCGAACCCUGGCCCCUUGUUAGAUUUCUUUGAAUCCCUCCCUUGCAGCUCGAGGGGCCGGGAGGGUUCUAGUGAAUGCUGUGGAUGUGGCUCACUGAAGAAGAGCAGCCUUGGGCUGAGUCCCCAGCCAGGCCCAGGGCUCCCCCAGCCAUCAAUUCACUUCUCUUCAGUAGGUUUGGUUUGGCAUGACAAAUACUUAAUUUGGAGUGCAGGCAAAUGCUUCUGGAAAACCCUUCCCUGGAGAGAGAGCGCACGUGUGUGUGUGUGUGUGUGUGUGUGUGUGUGUGUGUGUGUGUGUGUGUGUGGUCUGCCUGUCCACAUCCUCCCCUCCUUCCUGCCCCUCUCGCACCCUCCCGGGCACCCUGUUCUGGAAGGGCCACCUGCUCUGAGCCAGGAGCUCGCAGGGCCCCACCCGGGAGCCUGCCCUUGCCGCUGGCAGAUGGUAAAGGAGCUCACUGUUUCCCUGGGACACGUUCCGCUUCAGAAUUAAAACAAUAAAGAUUAGAAUUUGCAUUGA